AUGUGUUUUGUUAAAGAUCGCAAAUGGCAUCUGACCGGAAAUUUCCUUAAUAUUUCAGUUUUAUCUCAGCGACCAAUCCAACGUUCUUUGUUCAAUUCAUCGAUUCAACCAGUGCAGGGUGCUAUUGAAAAUUUUAUUUUCAAUUUGGUUACAUUGAUGAAUUUUACAGCAAGUGGAAUAUCUUUCUAUAUUUAUACAGUUACUGGCGGAAGUUUAUUUCGUAAUGCGCUUUUUCAACUUAUUCGAGGUAUUACUUUAAAAAUACUUUGUCAAUAG